AUGGCUAGAUCUCCCUGCUGUGAAAAACAACACACUAAUAAAGGCGCUUGGUCUAAGGAAGAAGAUGAACGGUUAAUAAAAUACAUCAAGUCUCACGGUGAAGGUUGCUGGCGUUCUCUUCCUAAAGCCGCUGGCUUGGCUCGUUGCGGCAAAAGUUGCAGACUUAGAUGGAUAAAUUACCUCCGACCUGAUCUCAAGCGAGGUAACUUCACUCGCGAAGAAGAUGAACUUAUCAUUCGUCUCCACAACGAAGUUGGUAAUAAAUGGUCUCAAAUUGCUCAACAAUUGAAAGGAAGAACAGACAAUGAGAUCAAGAAUUACUGGAAUACACACAUCAAGCGUAAACUCUACGGACGUGGAGUUGAUCCUUCAACGCAUAAACCACUCAAACCCACCACCGCCGCUGCUGGUGCUAGUGCUGCUACUUCCUCGACAACCACCGCCUCCGCGGUUGCUUCUCCAACAAAUCUUAUCAACAAACCUGCUCUGAUUCCCGUGGUCCCCACUAGCAGUGGCAGUAGCGUUAGCCACAAGAGCUUGAACAUGAAAAGUGUGUUUCCUUUAUUCAGUUUCAAUGGCGGUUUGAAUGAAAAGUUAGUUGUAACUGAUUUUGGUUGCGGCGGUCUGGAAAAAAAGUUAGUUGUAACUGAUUCUGGUUGCGGCGGAGUUGAGGAUUCAUUUUCAAACACUAGCAGUGGUGUAACCUUGGAAGAAACACCUUAUCCUCAUCAAAUCAACUUGGAACUUUCAUUGGCUCCACCAUUUCAACAGCCACAGUUGCUGUCAUCACAAGGUGUGUGUUUUUGUAAUCAAGCUUUAGGGUUACGUGGUAACCAACCUUGUUGCUGUAUCAAUACCAGGGCUAUUGAUGCUGCUUCUGCGCCUGCUCCACCACCUGCAACCACCGCCACCGGCAAUGAUUUUUGUAGAUUUUUCGGAGCUGGGUUUAUCAAUUUUUGA